AUGGGCCAAUGCGGGACGCAGAUCUCGCAAGCGCUCUGGGAACUAAUCAGUGUGGAGCAUGGCAUUGGCCCUGAUGGUAUGCUGGUGGAUCCAGUGGUACAGACUGAGGAUGACACUGCGGCUUCAAAUGUCCUUUUCACACACACCCAAAAGGAUCGAUUUGUGCCCCGCGCUGCUAUCGUCGACAGUGAGCCAACGGUCGUUGGUGAGUGGCAAUCGAAAUGCACAGUUACCCCUCGGAUAUCUGUGUGUAUAUGUUACUCCAUGUUUUAUAUUAAUAUUAUUGAUUUAUAUAUUUUAACUUGA